UGUGGCCACACAGAGAAUCCCAUCUUUGUUCUCGGCCGUGCCUGCCGCUCGAACAAUUGUCGCUCUCCACGAGUCAGCGCUGUCGUCCGGCAAUGGCGAAGAAGACCAAAGGCGACGCUGCUGGCGGCACCAGCUCGAGUGAGCCCGCCAAACUCAAGGUUGCCAAUUCUCUCAAGCUCAGGCACAUCCUCUGCGAGAAACUAUCAAAGAUUGAACAGGCACAGGCCAAGCUAGUCUCGGGCGUCAACUUUGGCGUCGUCGCGCAAGAGUUCAGCGAGGACAAGGCGAAAGCCGGCGGAAGUCUUGGCUGGAUGACGCGACAAGCCAUGGCAGGACCCAUGCAGGAGUGCGCGUUCACCUUGCCCGCCAGCACGCCAGACAAGCCAGUCUACAAGCAGUGCAAGACCAAGUUUGGCUACCAUCUCGUCAUGGUCGAGGAUCGCAAGUAGGCGAACCCUUGUCUAUCGACCGACCGACUUUGGGAUGCUCUCGAGGACUUGCCGAACUACGAAGAUCGUUUUCGUCUGCUAUCCUGCUAGAGCCCAGCCGGGGCCUUAGGAGGGCGCACAACUGGCGCCAUUGCGAACGACUCGCGCGCCGGCCCAGAGCCCGCACUCGUCAUCAUCUGCAGAAGGCAGGUUACGCCGGUCUCAUGCGUCUAUGACCUACGAAUGCAGUCUGAAUUACUGCAAUGCUCAGAAACACAGUCGACGGUUAUUGUGGAAGAUGAAUUGAGGCAGCGCCUCUGAAUAAGCUCGCGCGCAGAGAAGCUUGCAGACGAGAGUCAUCCACGAUGGACAGAAGACUUCGCGUGACAACAGCAGUCGCUACAUCGCAGGCAGCAG